AAAACGAGAUUGUACUCAUAUUCGAGCUGAUACGUUCGUUCUCAUAAUUACAAAAGUCAUUCUCACCGUUGUAUCGUCAGGGAGACACAAAGUGGUCAUUGACACGCUCGGUGAAAAGUUAAUCUCAUCUUCGCGAGCUUAUAUAACAUUUAUGGCGACGAUGUCAGAAGUGUGCUGAUAAAGAUGACUCUGCAAAUCAAAUCAACUCACGAUUCUUAAUCUGAGAAUGUCGAAAUGGGGGCGCAAAAUUCUGAUCAACAGUGAUCUUCGGCCUUUAUCAAUUUUUUUCUGCCGAAGCUUCACAAUCGUUAAUCUUGGAACAGUCGCAGCGCAGCGAUCUACCAUUCGUUGUGAUUUGACAAUGCCAACAGUGUGCUGAUAAAUAUGACUUUGCAAAUCUAAUGAACCGGCGGUUCCUAAUGUGAGAAUGUCGAAAUGAGGGCACGAAAUCGUGACCAAGACUGAUCUUCGGCCUUUAUUCAUUUUUUCCGUUCAAAGCUUCAUAAUCGUUAAUCUUGGAAUAGUAUCAGCCUGGUGAUGUAGCAUUCGUCGUGAUAUGACAAUGUCAACAGUGUGCUGAUAAAUAUGACUCUGCAAAUCUAAUGAACUUGAUUCCUACUUUGAGAUUGUCGCAGUGGGGGCACAAAAUAGCGAUUAUAUAACCAGGAUUCGAAGCUUCCGAAGCCUGAGUGUGACGGGUAUCGACCCGGUGAGAAGCUGAGUUUUUCUCGUUGAGUGUAAUGUCCAUUUCGUGACUUUGAACGUUAGACAUACAUACGUACCGUGUAUUGUAAUUCAUUGUUGGAGCUGAGAGUGAUACUCGACGACGAGUUUAAUACAGACAUCGACAGAAUGGCGCUAUUUUCGGCGCAGGUUUUCCUUCAAAUUCUUGGAGCUUUGAUUGGCUUGCUCGGUUUCGUGUAUAUUUACCUCAGACACGUGACAUAUAAGUACUGGAGUUCGAAGGGAGUACCGCAAACAGUUCCAACUGUCCCCUUCGGAGAUUUGUGGCCGGUCCUUUCGGCAAAAAAAUCGACAGGUCAACACUACCGAGAUGAAUACUUCAAGUUUGAAAAAGCACCGGUUUUCGGAAUGUACUCUUUUAACAAACCAAUCUUGGUGAUUCGCGACCCUGAACUCGUUCGAUUCAUACUGGCUAAAAAUUUUACACACUUCCACGAUCGCGGAGUGUACUGCAACGAAGAAUUUGAUCCUUUAUCAGCCCAUUUGUUCAGCUUAUCUGGUUCGAAAUGGAAGAAGUUGCGGGUCAAGAUAUCGCCGACGUUUACUUCUGGAAAAAUGAAGUACAUGUUCGCCACUGUCAAAGAGUUUUCCGAAAAGCUUGCGUUUUACUUUGGGGAGGAAGUUAAGCGAAAUAAUCAGCUGGUCGAGGUUAAAGAUUUCAUGGCAAGAUUUUCUAUGGAUGUCAUCUCAUCGGUUGCCUUCGGUAUCGAGUGCAACAGUAUGAAGGAUCCGGAUGAUGGAUUUUGUAAAUGUGGUCGAGCAGCGUUUGAAUCUAGACCUAUUAUAAACGCGUUUUUCGCAGUGUUUCCGGAAGCAUUGGAUUUAUUCAAGAUAAAGCUCGUUCUCCCAGAGGUUUCGAAAUUCUUCCUGAAGGCGUUCGGCGAUACCGUGAAGUAUAGAACAGAUAACAAAAUAAUUCGACAAGACUUUUUCGAGCUGACAAUGCAAUUGAUGGACAAAGGCUACGUACAGGGUGAUGGCGACGAGAAAACGGCGACUGAAUCAAAAGGAGGUGAUGAUGAAAAAAUUACGCUGAACGAAGGAGCUGCGCUGGCCUUUGGUUUCUUCCUGGCUGGAUUUGAGACUUCGUCGUCAACGGCAACACACUGUCUGUACGAGUUGGCAUUCCAUCAGGAUAUUCAGGACAAGCUAGCCAACGAGAUAAACACGGUAAUAAAGGAAUUCGGAGGAGUUACUUACGAGAGCAUUGCGGCAAUGCCGUAUUUGCAUAAGGUGGUAUCCGAAACUCUUAGAAAGUAUCCAUCGGUUCCCAUACUGAACCGACAGGCAACCGCGGAUGUUGAAUUGCCCGGAACUGAUCUCACCGUUCGAAAAGGAACUUCAAUCGUAAUUCCGGUUUACGGAAUCCAGACGGAUCCGAAAAUAUACCCGCAUCCGCACAUAUUCGAUCCGGAACGAUUCAGCAAGGAGAAUAUCGAAAGCAGACAUCAUUACGUCUAUCUUCCCUUUGGCGAAGGACCAAGAAACUGUGUCGGAAUGAGAUUCGGACUUCUACAAACCAAAUUCGGUGUCCUUAGCCUGGUUAGGAAAUUCCGGUUCAGUCCCGGACCUAAUACCACAGUUCCACUACCCAUAGACGUAGGCAACUUCGUGCUUUGUCCAGGGAACGAUAUAGUGCUUCGUGUCGAAGAGAGAUCCGAUUAAUAUCCUGGCUCAUACUUUGAUGUGAUCGUAAGUACGUUCGUUCAAAAUUUCAAAGCAGUGGUGUUUUGAUACUUCAGCGAAUUUGACUGUCAAACAACUUUAAAAAAUGGUCAUCGUUAUGGCUCAUUGUAAGUCGAAUUCACGUGGAAUGUCCCACGUGUAUUUAUUUUCAGUAUAACUCUGCCGAGUCGUUGAUUUACUCUGUACAUAUGGAUGUUAUUGAGCAACAUUCUGAUAAAAUUGGGUUAUUAUUAGAAAUCUAUUCAGUGAAUGAUAAAAUGGAAAGAAACGUUGAAAUCUGAAAACUUUAUCUUUAUUGGUGGAGAAGUCAUUGCUGUAUACCAACCAUAUGAUGGUCUUCAUCUUGCUUAAUGAUGCUUAAUAAGUGGAAGAAAUAGAAAAAAAAAACAAGCGAUUGUAUACAGUUGACCAGCAUGAGUCUGUAAAUCUUAAUGAAUAUAUUAAUCCAUGAGUCAUGUAA